UAACGAUAAGCAACCAGAGCGACAAGGAUCGUACCGAACAUUCCUAGGGCACCCACUGUGUGCCCAGCUCUGUUCUAAAUGCUCAGUGUGAAACAACUCAUUUAUUUCUCCAAGCAGCCGAAGAAGGGGGAUGAAUGUCCCUUCUGUUCUACAGGUAGGGGAAAUAGAGGCACUUGCCCAGUCAUCCAAGGAGCAGAAAUGGCAGUUAGCGCCGAUCCAGGGCACCCUCGGGUCCUUCAGGUCAGGCUGUAUGGCCUUGGGAGAGUCUCUGCCACCUGCACCUGCUCCCCCAGGCGUCAAGCAGGCCAGCACAGACCCCAACAUCAUGGGCUUGUGGGAAGGUCAUGGGAAGCCAGCUACCGUCAGGGCCCUGAAGCAUGGCCAGGUGAACGAUUGGCGCGAAGACGCUCACUAUCACUACUACUGUCGUUACCAUGCCUGUUACUGCUGUUAUCCCUUCCACUGGUGGGGAAACUGAGGCUCCAAGCUUCAGGUUCCCCCAGUGGGGUCCAGGCCUGUCCUCUCCCAGUGCCUCCCAGUCCACAUCUGGCCCCAAGCCCCAGUCAGCGUGAUCUCAGCGUGGCCUAGCCAGACAUUCGCCUGAUGCAACUGUCUCACCACCGCCAGGCCCUUGCACAACACGGGUUGCCCAGCUGGCCAGUUAACGAUUGACCGGGGGUUAACGGGGUGCUGGGACAUAAAAGCUGGUGGCGGUGGCGCCGAAGCCGCACCCUCAGAGCCUCAGCCAUGCCCAAGCUCGCACUGUGCCUACUGUGCGUCCUGGCAACGGUGGCCCGGCCUGCCUCUGCAGCUCCCGUGGGGGGCCUGGAGCCGGCAAAACAGGAGGAGCUGACCCUCCUCUUCCAUGGGGCUCUGCAGCUGGGUCAGGCCCUCAAUGGCGUGUACAGGGCCACAGAGGCACGGCUGACAAAGGCUGGGCACAGCCUGGGACUCUACGGCCACGUACUGGGGCUUCUGGGGCAGGAGGUCAGCCGGGGCCGGGAUGCAGCCCAGGAGCUACGCACAAGCCUGUUGGAGAUGCAGGUGGAGGAGGAUGCUCUAAAGCUGCAAGCAGCGGCCACGGCCCAGGCACUGAGGGAGGUGGCCCAGGGACAGCAGAUGCUGCGGGAGAGCAUGCAGCGACUAGAAGUCCGGCUGAGGGGCGCCUGGCUGGGCCAUGCCCGGCAAGAAUUUGAGGCAUUAAAGGCCCAUGCUGACAAGCAGAGCCACAUCGUGUGGGCCCUCACUGGCCACGUGCAGCGACAGGGACAGGAGAUGGCAGCGCAGCAACACCGGCUACGACAGAUCCAGGAGAGACUCCACAUGGCGGCGCUCCCGGCCUGAGCCUGCCUGGGCGGAACUGAGGACCGGUCAUUCGCUGCGGGAUGCGGCCAUGCCCCACGCGGCCCCUAAACAAGGAGGAGCUGCCCAUGCUUGGGGUCGGCCAGGGUGCUGGCUGGGGCCUGCUCCUGGCCACAGAGGAGAGACGGAAGCAGGCGGGGCCACGGGCAGAGGACACGGCCCCCUGUCGAGGAGGGGUGGAGGCAGGACACAGGACACUUCAUGCGUACACACCCCUCCAUUAAAG